AUGUCUUGCAUCCACUACAAGUUCUUCUCCAAGCUGGACUAUGAUACGGUCACCUUCAGUGGCUUCGACAUCUCCCUUUGCGACCUCAAGUGCAAGAUCAUGCGCAAGGAGAAGCUGAAGGCAGCCAACUGUGAUCUGCAGAUCAGCAAUGCCCAGACCAAAGAAGAAUACACAGAAGAUGCCCUGAUUCCUAAAAACUCAUUGGUGAUCGUUAAAAGAAUCCCUACUGGAGGAGUUAAAGCUACCAGCAAAACGGAUGUUACAAGUCGAACUGAGCCAGUGAGCAGAACAUCAGCAGCAAACUUGGAUAUGCGUUUAUUUUUUGCUGCACAAAAGAAUGGUGAGUCUUCUGCAUCUAAUUCUCUGGCCCAGCUUUCAAAGACUGCCAACCUGGCUGAAGCCAGUGCUUCUGAAGAAGAUAAAAUAAAAGCCAUGAUGAUACAGUCUUUCCGUGAAUAUGAUCCAGUCCAUCCCAUGAAGAAGCCCUUGGCUACACCUCCACCAUCAUAUGUUUGCUUUCGCUGCGGAAAACCUGGCCACUAUAGAAAGGACUGCCCAAGAAAUGGGGACAGAAAUGUGGAGUCUGUUCCCAGACUGAAAAGGAGCACAGGAAUUCCAAGGAGCUUCAUGAUAGAGGUGAAAGAUCCCAACACAAAGGGUGCAAUGCUGACCAACACUGGAAAAUAUGCAAUCCCCAUUAUUAAUGCGUAA